UGCUACUUUUUCCUUUGGCAAAGCUGACUGCAAUUACAUAAAUGGUUAAAAUGCAUGAUCUAAGCUAAAAGCCCAGAGGCUUUAACAUAAUUGCAUUGCUACAUAUUGCCUGCAAGGAGGUAUCAACUCUGAGUGAACUGUGUCCAUGUGCAUGCACAAACUCGUGGUACAAACAGUGGACCAAUUAAUUUUGUGGAGAAAACUACACUUACAUUAAAUGAAUUUUGGAUCUGCUUCCCAAUGUGAGAGGCAAAUUUAUAGAACUAUUCUGCAUUGCCUCUUUUUCCUUGGUGUUUAUUAUUGCCUGUAGUCUGAAUUGAGAACAAAUAUCUUCAAGCAGAGUUGGGAUGAAAGGAGGAAAGAGGUUUACAUGAGUUUAUGACCUCUACUUCUGUGAAUUUGUGAACAAGCAGCUUUGACUAUCCAAACUCCAUCAGCUUUCUGUAGUAUGCUGGUUUAAAAUGUUCUGUGAGUUAUUGAAUGGAUAUAUCCAACUGGUAAGAAAUAAAGAUCAGCAGGCCACAACCCAAGGAGGGGAGGGCAAGUGGUUGGCUUUUCCUGUAGCCAGAGAUUAGCGUACAGCAUCCUGAAGCUCCGUACAAAGGCUAGAAAAUUGGGGAAAUUGUAGAGGGCUGUUGAUUCAUUUUCAGCUGUUGCCAGACAUGGGUGGAUCACAAAAGAUACCCACAGAGAAUAUGUUCCAGGGUGAAAGCCUUUCUUAAGAAUGUUUUGAUUUUGGCUAUAAGGCUUCAACAUGUUGUCUUGAGGGCAAAAUUAUAUCUGUGGAUCUUUAGCUGUUGCAAUGACUUAAUGACAUAAUUCAUUGAGCGUGUCUCAUUUAAAUCAGAAUUUUGGCUUUCGCUUCCCCUGUCAUUGCACCAUGAAAAAAAACCCAGCAAUUUAGUUGACGAAAACAGACAAAAGUAUAAAUCAUAAAGUGAAAAUGGCUUAGGGCAACCAAAGCUCCUUAGCAAUCAUCAAGGUUUGCUAUAUAUACAAGUUAAUUAUAAUUGACUAAGGCAUGAUGGAGGUAUGCCUGUAUCUUUUACAAGAAAUCCGGUUGGAUGUAAUUCUAGCUGAACUUUUAUUUCUAUUCCACUGUGAUAAAAUGUAUUUGUUCUAGGUUUCAUUAUGAUGUUCUCAUCUGAGAAGGCUGUAAUCAGGCAAAGUUUCUCUUUCUUUCACUCCAAAUUACAUGGAUAGGAUAUAAAUUUCUUGAUGUUUCUGUUGAAUUAAAUAAUGAAAAAUAUCAUUGGUGUUUCCUACUGAGCUGGAUUUCUCCUCGGAGAACCUGUUUUCCAGUCUUUGGAGGAAGCAAUUCCAACCCUCUUCUAUAACUGGAGUUAAUGAAAUCCACCAAUACAAUCUGCAGAAUUACUUUCCCGUAUUCGUGCCGGGUCCUGAUGCUUGUCAACAGGGUGGUACAGCAGAGGAUGGCUUGGCAUUUUUGCCCAGCAAUCAAAAUUCAGCCAAGCUGCUACCAAGAGAAAAAGAAAGAAAAGGGAAGCUGUUACAGACCAGAGUUAGCGAAAAGUAGCCUUGUUCUGACAGAAAGAAGCAAAAGGGUUUGUAUUAAUGAGAAUAGUCUGAAGUUGACACCAGGAGAUAUUUUUAAAUUGAAAUUUAAAAUCCUUGUUUUUGCAGGUUAGGGACAUGAGCUGUAAAGCAGCGAACAACUACACUUGACAGUUCAUCACUGAUCAGUGCUGAUAUGUCAAGCCAAGUAAAAUCCUUUGUGGGAACAAGUCAAUAAUCAGCAAAUUAGGUACAUGAUUAACCUGAGACAACAAGAUGCAGUUCCUGUCUGAGAGCCCUGCUGAGAUUUAACCUUCUCAGUAUUACUGUUUAGCAAAUAUUCCAAAUGCCUGGUUUAGUCAGUCAAACUGAUGUAGCUGUAAACUUGCCCAGCAGCAGCCUGUGUGCCAUGUGCAUGGGGAAUGCAGCUCUAGAGGAGAGCUAAAAAUGCAGUCUGGAGUGGCAAGCAGGCUACAAACAGGAAUUUUGCUUUCAAGCAAAGUUCUUCUGGCCUGUGUAGUGUUACAUAGAAAUAACAAAAUACAUGUUACAGUCGUGGAUGAUCAAUAGGAAAUUAGUAAAAGGUAGUCAUACUAAUUAAAUUGAUGAUGUAUAGAAAAUGAACUGUAAAUGUAAGAUAAUGCAGGAAGUGACUCUUCAGAGAUUACAGAAAUUAUGAUGUUACUACAUAUUGGUAUAACAUUCGAAAUGGCACGUGAAAUAAGGUAACCUUACGGAAACAUCACUGUAACAUGUGAAGAAGACAGUUCAUGGAGUUGUAUUGUUUUCAUUUCCAGCAGAGUGUUUUAUAUGUAUAAAUUUUUCAUGUCAAAAUGAAAACCGUUUUCAUUUAGAACAGGAAAUGGCUUUAUUUGAAACAACUUGAAUAGCUGAGGAGCUUCAGUGUUACCUUGGUUUUUAGCCAGUGCUCAAACACAUUGAGGUGCUCUGGCCACCUCCAAGUGCUCCGGUGCUGUCAUUGCUGAUGGCUGCGUUGUGCGGCUUGUGUUGGAUCACGUUCAAAUGUUGAAACAAAUCACUUGGCUGUCACUGUGGGUAUCAGAUGUUUCAAGGGUGUGUUUUAAUGAAUAAUUACCAGCUGGAUUUUAUGAAGAACUAAUUUUAAAGCACUUUGCAAACAAGUUGCUCUGACAUAUGUUUUCUUGGCUGCUUAGGUCUUGCGGGGCUUUGGCAUAAAGAGGAAGACUAGCCACAAAGCCAAGACUGUUUUUUUCCUUCCCCCUUAAUUUGAAUAUGCAUGUCUGUUAUUAAGACAAGAGCUCUAAGAAAUCUUUGUUUUCAAUGUUGAAUUUCAAACACAGUUGGGGGUUUUGCAGAGGCGUGCAAAUGGUUUGAAAUCUAAGAAAAACCCAAAGGUGAUGCAGGCUCUCUGCAUCUUCAGCAUUGACCCCUGCAAACUCUCUGCUUUGCUCUGCUCUCACACCUGGAUGCACCUGGGCUCAGGGGAUCUGUGCUAUAUGGAUGGUGUUGUGCAGUAUAGUCUCUACCAUAUAUGUAAAGUUCCAAAACUGUUUUGCUGACUCCCCUUGGUUACUAGAAAAAGAAAAUCCUCAUUAGCUUAUGAAGAAGGUGCAUCAGAGGAGGAGAGAAAUCACUGCAUUGGAGAAAUUAUAAAAACAAAUUGCCCAGAAAUAACUUGGUAUGAGAUUUAGGUUUGUAAAUAAACAUAUGCAGUAGGGUUUUGGCAUGCUGUGUAGUAAAAAUAAACUCACUGAGAAUGUGAAUUUGGAAUUUUAGAGAGGUGUGUUGGCAAGUCACUUGCUUAUAUGCAGCUUUAAUCACAGUAAGUACUCCCUACUGCAAAAUGGAACUCUGAAAAUGUAGUCAUGGGAUUUUUGAUGCAUUUUGUUUCUGAGCAGUUUUGGCCCCUUUUCUGUGACUUUUGCUUUUUUGAAGCUAUGAAAUAUGAAGUAUCAUAGAAAGAAAAAAAUUCAAUGUAACUUCCAAAUUACUUGAGAGAUUCAGUUUGGUUUGACAGAUCCAUCCCCUACCUAAUUCAUGUGAUGUAGCUGUCUCUUCCUUAGCAGUUGUGUGUGUUACGUUAAAAAUUCCACAGUUGCUACUUUCAUGAUCAUGAAAGUACCUUCAUUCGUCUUCUAAUUAUGCGUGCUUGUCAAUAAGGAGCUUUAAAGCAAGAGCUUCAACACAACAUUACAUAGAAUUAAUCACUCAAAUUUGGUAAAUCUGAAAAUCAACAGGGCCACAAGAAGCAAAAUGAUGAUUCAGGUUAACAAUGUGAAGAAAUCUUAUCUGGUUAUGAACUGACAGUGCCAUCUCGGUGACCCUUUACUCAGGGAUUUUAGAUUUUGGGGCACAUAUACCUAGUAUGUGCUGACACAUGAAGAUUUGUACACCCAGGGAGCCACCAGCACCUCCAUUAUCUUCCUUCUCUUUUUCUCAGUCCUGAGGAAUCUAAAGUGGAAUAAAAAUCUAUUGUUAGACUCUGUAUCAGUUUACACUGGUAUUUCACCAUUCAUAAAGUUAUUCAGGUUUAAGCAUUUUGCUUUUGGCUGAGCAUGAAAUAGUUCCUCCUAGACUGAUUAGAGAGGGGAGAUAUAACAAUCUUAGUUUUCCCAAAGUUAAAGCUGUAGCCUUAUGGGGAGUCAUGCCAGGGGACCUGCUCUCACUAGGUCACACCCCAUCAUCCUGAGAAGAGAUUCUGCAGCUAAAACUACUUCAAGCAGUUUCAGCCUGAGCACUCUUCCCCUUCGAUCUCGCCAACUGCUGAGCCUUCUCUGCAAUAUGAGGUAGAAUCAGCAUCACACAGAGGGGAGGCAGAGGCGCCUGCCAGCACAAGCAGAGAUGAACAGCGUGUUGCCAGUGAGAAAUGUCAGCUUUUAUUGCUGCUUCCUUAGCUGACCCUUUGUGAACGAUUGUUCUGAAGAGCAAGAUUUCUUUUUCCCAAGAUGUUGCCAGACUAAUAACAUUUCCCAAGGAGGUGAUGAGUCUGUCCUUAACCUCUGACUGUUGGACGAUAGGUUUUAGCAAUAUUUCCAAAUGUCAUUGAUUUAAGAGAAAGAUAUACGUGUGUUUGGCACCUCUGAUACUGUGAAAGUUACCGACGUGCCAGAAAUCUCUAAAUCUCUGGUGUGUGUUGGCUAAAAUGCACUGAUUUACCUGAUUUACUUUCUGCAAAAAUCCUGUGUGAAAAAAAGGCUCAAGUGGAUGGCAAGCUGAUCUUCACCGUCUGCUGAAACUUCUAAUUCCACUUCUGCUCUUUUCCAUGAUUAAAGGCAUAGGAGAGAGUGGAUAAUGCACUUGCUGUGACAACACUGUGACAAAUUUCCUUUGUGGCUGCAUAUUGGUGUCAUAGUUCCACGUUUCACAGGAAAGUAGUAGUACCUCUGUAUUUUUCCCUUUGUUGUAAGGCCAAGUGUAUCAAGGACUCUAUAUCGCUCAUAUAUAACGGUUAGAAAAUUUCCAGUAGAAAUGUCAGCUUUUAUGCCUCAGUUUUAGAUAGAUGUGUAACAUGGUGCUAAAGUGUUAAAUCAAUCCAUCUGUCUGUCUCUUCUACUGAAAGGGAGAAUAUUCAUUAUUUUAUUGCAUAUUGUGUAUUAUUUGCUAGAACUCACUGCUAAUGAGUAGAAUUUGCUAUACAAGACAACCCUCUCAGGACGUUUGGUCUGUUUAGUAUGCAAGAUUUCGGUUUUCUGUUUAAACUGAAAGCAAGGGAAAGUGUACAUUUUCUCAGAGCUGUCGCAGGCACAGACCAUGUGUGCUAGAGAUAACAGAGGUAAAUGCAAUGAAACUACUGGCAAGCAAGCACAUACUAUUACUGUAUUUUAUUGAACACAUACAUCUUUCUUUAGACAUGUCUAUCUAUAUCUAUCUACUCCUACAUAGAUAAAUGUGUCUAAAACAAGAUGUGUUUUCAUAGGGGACUUGUUAUACAACUAUCAAAAGAUUAGAUAUAUUGUUUUUGUUGUUUCUUAAGGGCUUCCCUUAGAUAGGAACUAUGAGAGCUGGAAGUUGAGCAAAACAUCAGCUUGAGAGCUCCAGAAUAACAGACAUUAAAGACAGAAAAAAAGCCUAUUAGGACAGCUAGUCCAGCUGCUUUGUUAUGCAGAGUUAUUCCCUGCUGUAGAUUAAACAAUAUUUCUUCCAGUCCUGUUUAAUUGUCUGAUGCCAUGGCAUCUCCAUUGGGAGGCUAUUACUGAGCUUAAUAGAUGGGAAGCUUAUCUGACAUUCAUCUUCAAUUUCUUUCUUUUUUUAGUUUCGUGCCAUUAAUGGUGCCAUCCCUCUUGUACUCCAAAUAAUCACUUGCUCUGUUUGAUCCCUUUCCAAAGAUUAAUGUAAUGUUCUACCUUACUUGGAAACCAUCCAAACAGAAAUUCUCAGUUUUCCUUAAUAUAAGUUCAAUUCCUUCAGCCACUUGAUUUGUGUUAUUCCUUUCCAUGCUCCCUGUGGUUUUUGUAAUCUACUUGCCCCUGAUUGUUCCACAUACAAACUCCAGUACGAUUUCAUGGAACGCUUGGAUGGGAAAGAGAAAUGGAGUGUGGUGGAGUCCCCACGGGAACGUCGGAGCAUUCAGACCCUUGUUCAGAAUGAGGCUGUGUUUGUUCAGUACUUGGAUGUGGGUUUGUGGCACUUGGCAUUUUACAACGAUGGCAAGGACAAAGAAGUGAUCUCUUUCAGCACAGUUAUUUUGGAUUCGGUGCAAGACUGCCCACGGAACUGUCAUGGGAAUGGCGAGUGUGUAUCAGGUGUCUGCCACUGUUUUCCAGGAUUUCACGGAGCAGACUGUGCUAAAGGACGGCGCCACUUUAAUAAGUAUAAAAAGAAGGCUGCCUGCCCGGUGCUGUGCAGUGGCAAUGGUCAAUACUCUAAAGGCACCUGCUUAUGCUACAGUGGCUGGAAAGGUCCAGAAUGUGAUGUCCCCAUCAGCCAGUGUAUUGAUCCCUCAUGCGGAGGUCACGGUUCCUGCAUUGAAGGGAACUGUGUCUGUUCUGUUGGCUAUAAAGGAGAAAACUGUGAAGAAGUGGAUUGCUUAGACCCGACGUGCUCGAGCCACGGGGUGUGCGUGAACGGGGAGUGCCUGUGCAGCCCGGGCUGGGGGGGGCUGAGCUGCGAGCUGGCGCGAGCGCAGUGUCCCGAGCAGUGCAGCGGCCACGGCUCCUACCUGCCCGACACGGGGCUCUGCGCCUGCGACCCCAACUGGAUGGGGCCCGACUGCUCCGUCGAAGUGUGCUCCGUCGACUGUGGCACUCACGGGGUGUGCAUUGGCGGAGCGUGUCGCUGCGAAGAAGGGUGGACAGGAGAGGCGUGUGACCAGCGUGUGUGUCAUCCCCGUUGCACGGAGCACGGCACUUGUAAAGAUGGGAAAUGUGAAUGCAGAGAGGGCUGGAAUGGGGAGCACUGCACCAUUGGUAGGCAAACGACAGGCACCGAAACAGAUGGCUGCCCGGAUCUGUGCAAUGGCAACGGGCGAUGCACGCUGGGUCAGAACAGCUGGCAGUGUGUCUGCCAGAGCGGCUGGAGGGGGCCUGGAUGCAACGUUGCCAUGGAAACCGCCUGUGCCGAUAACAAGGAUAAUGAGGGAGAUGGGCUGGUUGACUGCCUGGACCCCGACUGCUGCCUCCAGACCACCUGCCAGAACAGCCUGCUGUGCCGGGGCUCGCGGGACCCGCUGGACGUCAUCCAGCAGAGCCACACUGGGUCACCUGCCGUCAAGUCCUUCUAUGACCGAAUCAAGCUCUUGGUGGGGAAGGACAGCACUCACAUCAUCCCGGGGGAAAACCCCUUCAACAGCAGUCUUGUGUCUCUCAUAAGAGGCCAAGUGGUGACUACAGAUGGAACUCCUCUAGUUGGGGUCAACGUGUCGUUUGUCAAGUAUCCAAAGUACGGCUAUACCAUCACUCGUCAGGAUGGCACGUUUGACUUGGUUGCAAAUGGCGGAGCAUCCCUCACCUUGCACUUUGAACGGGCCCCAUUCAUGAGUCAGGAAAGGACAGUGUGGCUGCCGUGGAACAGCUUUUAUGCCAUGGACACGCUUGUGAUGAAGACAGAAGAGAACUCCAUUCCCAGCUGCGAUCUCAGUGGGUUUGUCCGUCCUGACCCAGUCAUCAUUUCUUCACCACUUUCAACUUUCUUCAGUGAUGCUCCUGGUCGGAAUCCCAUUGUACCAGAGACCCAGGUUCUUCAUGAAGAAAUUGAGAUCCCUGGCUCUAGUAUAAAGCUCAACUACCUGAGUUCCCGCACUGCUGGAUACAAAUCCUUACUUAAGAUCGCCAUGACUCAGUCCCUUGUGCCGCUGAAUCUAAUCAAAGUUCAUUUGAUGGUAGCAGUAGAAGGGCAUCUGUUUCAAAAAUCAUUUCAGGCCUCUCCCAACUUGGCAUAUACAUUUAUCUGGGACAAAACAGAUGCAUAUGGUCAGAAGGUUUAUGGGUUAUCAGAUGCUGUAGUUUCUGUAGGUUUUGAAUAUGAGACUUGCCCCAGUCUCAUUUUGUGGGAGAAGAGGACAGCACUACUACAAGGGUUUGAACUAGAUCCUUCAAAUUUAGGAGGAUGGUCUUUGGAUAAACAUCAUGUACUUAAUGUCAAGAGUGGUAUAUUGCACAAAGGCAAUGGAGAAAAUCAGUUUCUAACUCAGCAGCCGGCUGUGAUAACCAGCAUUAUGGGGAACGGGCGCCGAAGAAGCAUAUCCUGCCCUAGCUGCAACGGGCUGGCAGAAGGAAAUAAGCUUUUGGCCCCUGUAGCACUUGCAGUGGGUAUCGAUGGAAGUCUCUUUGUUGGAGAUUUUAACUAUAUUCGGCGUAUCUUCCCAUCCAGGAAUGUUACUAGUAUAUUGGAGCUGAGAAAUAAAGAGUUUAAACAUAGCAACAAUCCUGCUCAUAAAUACUAUCUGGCCGUGGACCCUGUUUCAGGCUCACUGUACGUAUCGGACACCAAUAGUCGGCGGAUAUACAAAGUCAAGUCCCUGACGGGCACGAAGGACCUGGCUGGCAACUCGGAAGUGGUGGCAGGGACGGGAGAGCAGUGCCUGCCCUUUGACGAGGCCAGAUGUGGGGAUGGAGGGAAGGCGGUGGAUGCAACCCUAAUGAGCCCUCGAGGAAUUGCCGUGGAUAAGUAUGGACUCAUGUAUUUUGUUGAUGCCACUAUGAUUAGAAAAGUGGAUCAGAACGGAAUCAUAUCAACCCUGCUGGGCUCCAAUGACCUAACUGCUGUUCGACCUCUCAGCUGUGAUUCCAGCAUGGAUGUCACCCAGGUACGGCUGGAGUGGCCUACUGAUCUCGCUGUCAAUCCCAUGGACAACUCACUUUAUGUCCUAGAGAACAAUGUUAUUUUACGGAUCACAGAAAAUCAUCAAGUUAGCAUUAUUGCUGGACGCCCCAUGCACUGCCAGGUUCCUGGUAUAGACUACUCUCUUAGCAAACUGGCUAUUCAUUCUGCACUUGAAUCAGCCAGUGCCAUUGCCAUCUCACACACAGGAGUUCUUUACAUCAGUGAGACAGAUGAAAAAAAAAUUAAUCGGCUACGCCAGGUAACUACCAAUGGAGAAAUAUGCCUUCUUGCAGGGGCAGCUUCAGACUGUGAUUGCAAAAAUGAUGUCAACUGUAAUUGCUAUUCUGGGGAUGAUGGGUAUGCCACUGAUGCCAUCUUAAAUUCACCAUCUUCCUUAGCUGUGGCCCCAGACGGUACCAUCUACAUAGCUGAUCUUGGAAAUAUCCGCAUUAGGGCUGUCAGUAAAAACAGGCCCAUUCUUAAUUCUUUUAACCAAUAUGAAGCUGCAUCUCCAGGAGAACAGGAGCUGUAUGUCUUCAAUGCUGAUGGGAUUCACCAGUACACUCUCAGCCUUGUUACCGGGGAGUACUUGUACAAUUUCACCUAUAGCAGCGAUAACGAUGUCACGGAGGUGAUGGACAACAAUGGCAACUCCUUGAAGGUCCGUCGGGAUGCCAGUGGGAUGCCCCGCCAUUUACUGAUGCCGGAUAAUCAGAUUGUCACGCUGGCUGUUGGCACUAAUGGUGGACUCAAGCUAGUCUCAACACAGACCCUGGAGCUCGGAUUAAUGACAUAUAACGGAAACAGUGGUCUCUUAGCAACGAAGAGUGAUGAAACAGGAUGGACAACAUUUUAUGACUAUGAUCAUGAAGGGCGUCUCACCAAUGUAACACGUCCCACUGGAGUGGUAACUAGCCUUCAUCGAGAAAUGGAAAAGUCUAUUACCAUCGACAUCGAGAAUUCUAAUCGGGAUGACGAUGUCACGGUCAUCACAAAUCUCUCCUCUGUGGAGGCUUCCUAUACAGUUGUUCAAGAUCAAGUGAGGAACAGCUACCAGCUCUGUAAUAAUGGUACUUUGAGAGUGAUGUAUGCCAAUGGCAUGAGCAUUAGCUUUCACAGCGAGCCUCAUGUCCUGGCUGGGACUGUGACUCCCACCAUAGGACGAUGUAAUAUUUCUCUGCCAAUGGAAAAUGGUUUAAACUCAAUUGAAUGGCGUCUGAGGAAGGAGCAGAUUAAAGGCAAAGUGACUGUUUUUGGAAGAAAGCUCAGGGUGCAUGGAAGGAAUUUACUUUCCAUCGACUACGACCGCAACAUACGCACAGAGAAAAUCUAUGACGACCACCGUAAGUUCACGCUGCGGAUCAUUUACGACCAGCUGGGGCGGCCUUUCCUGUGGCUGCCGAGCAGCGGCCUGGCCGCCGUCAACGUCUCCUACUUCUUCAACGGGCGCCUGGCCGGGCUGCAGCGCGGCGCCAUGAGCGAGAGGACGGACAUCGACAAGCAGGGCAGGAUCAUCUCCCGCAUGUUCGCGGAUGGGAAGGUGUGGAGCUACACCUACCUGGAAAAAUCAAUGGUGCUGCUGCUUCAGAGUCAACGUCAGUACAUUUUUGAGUAUGAUUCUUCAGACCGACUUCAUGCUGUUACAAUGCCCAGCGUUGCUCGGCACAGCAUGUCAACCCACACCUCUAUUGGCUAUAUCAGAAAUAUUUAUAAUCCUCCUGAGAGCAAUGCAUCGGUGAUUUUUGAUUACAGUGAUGAUGGGAGGAUUUUGAAAACAUCAUUUUUAGGUACUGGCCGACAAGUCUUCUACAAGUAUGGAAAGCUAUCCAAAUUAUCUGAAAUUGUUUAUGACAGCACUGCAGUUACUUUUGGAUAUGAUGAAACCACGGGUGUCCUAAAAAUGGUGAAUUUGCAAAGUGGAGGAUUUUCUUGUACAAUCCGCUAUCGGAAAAUUGGUCCUCUCGUUGACAAACAAAUCUACAGAUUCUCUGAAGAAGGUAUGGUCAAUGCAAGGUUUGAUUAUACAUAUCAUGACAAUAGCUUUCGAAUCGCAAGCAUCAAACCCAUCAUAAGUGAGACCCCUCUGCCUGUUGAUCUUUACCGUUACGAUGAGAUUUCUGGCAAAGUAGAGCAUUUUGGCAAAUUCGGAGUUAUUUAUUAUGAUAUAAAUCAAAUUAUUACUACAGCAGUUAUGACACUGAGUAAGCACUUUGAUACCCAUGGACGCAUUAAAGAAGUUCAGUAUGAGAUGUUCAGGUCCCUGAUGUACUGGAUGACUGUACAAUAUGACAGUAUGGGAAGGGUCACCAAAAGAGAACUGAAACUUGGCCCAUAUGCCAACACAACCAAGUAUACCUACGAUUACGAUGGAGAUGGGCAACUGCAAAGCGUAGCAGUAAAUGACAGGCCAACCUGGCGUUACAGUUACGAUCUGAAUGGAAACCUUCAUCUCUUGAAUCCCGGAAACAGUGUCCGACUGAUGCCACUGCGCUAUGACCUAAGAGACAGGAUUACACGCUUAGGUGACAUACCAUACAAAAUCGAUGACGAUGGGUUCCUGUGUCAGCGAGGCUCCGACGUAUUUGAAUACAACUCCAAAGGACUCUUAACAAGAGCUUACAACAAAGCCAAUGGGUGGAGCGUUCAGUACCGCUAUGAUGGACUCGGCCGAAGGGCUUCCUGUAAGACUAACUUGGGGCAUCAUCUACAGUACUUUUAUGCCGAUCUUCACAAUCCAACACGGGUAACUCAUGUCUACAAUCAUUCCAAUUCAGAAAUUACCUCUUUGUACUACGAUCUGCAAGGCCACCUCUUUGCAAUGGAGAGUAGCAGCGGGGAGGAAUAUUACGUCGCCUCUGAUAACACAGGCACUCCGUUAGCCGUGUUCAGCAUCAAUGGGCUCAUGAUCAAACAGCUGCAGUACACAGCAUAUGGGGAGAUUUAUUACGACUCUAACCCCGAUUUCCAGCUGGUUAUUGGGUUCCAUGGGGGGCUGUAUGAUCCUUUAACCAAACUCGUCCAUUUUACCCAAAGGGACUACGAUGUCCUGGCUGGACGCUGGACAUCUCCUGAUUACACCAUGUGGAAGAACAUCGGUAAAGAACCUGCUCCUUUCAAUCUGUAUAUGUUCAAGAGUAACAACCCUCUCAGCAAUGAACUGGAUCUAAAGAACUAUGUAACAGAUGUCAAAAGCUGGUUGGUGAUGUUUGGAUUUCAGCUUAGCAACAUUAUUCCUGGUUUCCCUAGAGCAAAAAUGUACUUUGUGUCACCUCCAUAUGAGUUGUCCGAGAGUCAAGCAUGUGAAAAUGGACAGCUAAUCACAGGAGUUCAGCAGACAACCGAAAGACACAACCAAGCUUUCAUGGCUCUUGAGGGCCAGGUCAUAUCUAAAAGGUUACAUGCCAAUAUUAGAGAAAAAGCAGGUCACUGGUUCGCAACAACCACUCCGAUCAUCGGGAAAGGAAUCAUGUUUGCUGUGAAGGAAGGCCGUGUCACCACCGGCAUUUCCAGCAUCGCCACAGACGACAGCAGAAAGAUUGCCUCCGUCCUGAACAGCGCUCACUACCUGGAAAAAAUGCACUACAGCAUCGAGGGCAAGGACACCCAUUACUUUGUCAAGAUCGGCUCGGCUGACAGCGACCUCGUCACCCUCGCCAUGACCAGCGGACGGAAGGUCCUGGAGAGCGGAGUCAACGUCACCGUCUCCCAGCCUACUCUCCUCGUCAACGGGAGGACUCGAAGGUUCACAAAUAUUGAGUUUCAGUAUUCCACCCUGCUGAUCAACAUCCGCUACGGACUGACCCCCGACACGCUGGACGAGGAGAAGGCGAGGGUGUUAGACCAGGCUCGGCAGCGAGCCCUAGGCUCAGCCUGGGCCAAGGAGCAGCAGAAGGCACGGGAUGGCCGAGAGGGCAGCCGCGUAUGGACAGACGGAGAGAAGCAGCAGCUUCUGAACACGGGAAGGGUUCAAGGUUACGAGGGAUAUUAUGUCCUGCCCGUGGAGCAGUACCCUGAGCUAGCAGACAGUAGCAGCAACAUCCAGUUCUUAAGACAGAAUGAAAUGGGAAAGAGGUAACAAAUUAACCUGCUGUCAUCCUUUGCUGGAUGAAUCAGUAGCCGUAACUGUUAUCUCCUCUCCUAAGGAGAUGAAGACCUAAAUGGGGGCACUAGGCUGAGCUACUUUGGGAUAGUAAGUGGCAAAAAAGCUCAUAUUUUUUGAGUUAAAUGCUACUGUUCAAGUGAUUAAAAACCACAUCCUGAAGUGGACUAAAGCCAGACUGAAAACUAACCAUACAAAUUAAAAAGUACCCCUGAAAUAUUACCCACUUGUUCUGGGUCUAAAGAAAAACAAAAAGAAGGCCUCGUAUUGUAUUACCUCACUCCAUUCACACGUGAGCAAACUAAGAAAUCCAAGUGGGCCACUUUCACUAACCAGCUGAUGAAACACAGAUGAUUCAGACUGCUUGUUUGAUAAAUAUCCAAGAGGUUUUCAUUUAAAGCAAAAUACAGGUGCAUUUAAAACAUGACUUUGGGGUGAUUUGUGUGUAGCAACUGGAGGACAAUGAGAAUGCAAGUGAGAGCGCACUGGAAAUAGUAAAGAAAAAUAUAUUUAAAAGUAACAAAACCACACUUGCACUCUGACCCUCCACUUGUCUGGCCUGAAGCUUAACUUACUCAAAGAGGGCAGAGUGUAAAGUUACAUUCAAAACGGUGGCUAUAAAUCACUACAAAUAAAUUUCAUACUCUGUUUGUCUUUGAAGAUUUCCAUUGUGGACAGUAUAACACAGUUACAGGGUGUAGUCUGUUUAGAUUCAGUAGUUUGUUGGUAUCAGUUCCAGUAGAGCUGUGGGCAUUGUGUUACACUAUUGCAAAUGGGCACCACGUCAGAUCACCCUGUACAUACAUCAGCCAGAAGGCACAAUCACUGUUUCAGAUUUAAAAAUUAUUAGUGUGUUUGUUUGGUCGAGAAACUGAGACAAUCACAUUACGGUCACCACAAAAAAAAGAAAAAAUUAAAAAAAAAGUCUAAUACGAACUUUGGUACAAGAACUUUUUUGUAAUAUACAUGUAUGAAUUGUUCAUUGAGUUUUUAUAUUAAUUUUAAUUUGCUGCUAAGCAAAGACUAGAGACAGGCAAAGAUAAUUUAUGGCAAAGUGUUUAAAUUGUUUAUACAUAAAUAAAGUCUCUAAAACUCCUGUGAA